AUGGACUCCCGCAAGAACUCGAAAGCACAGGACGAUAAACAAAUUUGUCCGUCGCUUGACAACUCUUUUUCCUCAUUCACCUUAGCAUGUGCCAAUACUCGCCGCAACGUUUUGGAUGGCGACAUAUGGGGUGAUAAUUCAUCUGAUAGCGAAAGCACAAUAUCCGUGGAAUCUGCAGUUGAUAUAGACCCCAACAACCCUAAAAUCUUUGUCGGUCAGCUAAAACCCAACAUUACCAGUUAUGAUCUCCGGACUUACUUUUCGAAGUUUGGCACAGUCACGGAGGCUCAAGUAGUAACCAAUAGGAAGACGGGCAUAUCCAAAGGCUUCGGGUUUGUCACCUUCGCUGACGAAUGGACUAUGAAGGAAGUUCUGGAGACCUGCCACUUUCUAGAUGAGUGUCAUCUGAACGUCAAGCCGGCAGGUAGCCGUGGGCCCCACGGUUACUGUAGAAUGCAUAAGUAA